GUCUUAGCUAUAUAGCAAAUUAACCUUGGCGGGCUUUUGAUAUUGUAUUGGCUCUGGCGCCUUGUAAACUUCUACACGGCUUCAUACCCGCCAACACCUGGUCCUAGUUAUUGGGAACACCACUUAUCACCAGAGCACAAGCUUGAAGUGUUCAUUACAACAUCAUACUUGCAAAUCGCGUUUGGACAGGGCGGGCAGUUGGGGGUUCAUAAGUAAAUUCUCUUUUCGGCGUUCUUGCAGCAUUGCUGGGCUUGUGUGAGAAAGUUAUAGACAUUUGCCGAGGGGUGUUAAUCCUCGGACAGCAUAGCAACAUGCCAGCUGGAGGCGCGCCGCAGCUGGAGAAGCUGUCCAGCUUGGGCCAGUGGAUUUAUGAAGCUGGAACAAAGUAUAACCUCGUGAAUACAACGCUUACGGCGCUGAACGUUCCUCCGGAGAAUGAUGUAGACUACUUGCUGGGAGAUCGCUACCUGGACUUCUCGCUGUGCGUCCUGUUUGCCUUCUUCUUCCCAAUCCUCCGCAGCGUACUCCGACGUUACUUGUUCGAGCCACUGGGUUUGCGAGUCUUAUUUGGCGGCGACCCCAAGCGCACAGACACGCCCGCGGAUGCAGCGAAGCUCCGCAAGUGGAACGAGUCAUGCUGGAAGAUGACCGUGUACAUCACCUUCACUGCCUUGGCCUUCGCAGUGUCCUGGGGAGAGAUUUGGUUCACGGAUAGCCGCUACUGGUGGCUGGGAUGUAACCGGUUCCCGCCGUGCAACCUCCCCGUCUCACGUGGGGUGCUGCUCUUCUAUUGCGCUGAGACGGGCUUCUACCUCCAGGCCAUUCACUUCUUGGCGGUGCAUGAGGAGCGGCGCAAGGAUUGGCUGGAGAGCAUGAUCCACCACAUUGUCACCUCCGGCCUGCUCAUCUACUCCUACUCCGUCAACUUCACGCGUGUGGGCGUGAUUGUCAUCCUCCUGCACGACGUCUCUGACAUCUUCCUCGAACUGGCCAAGCUCUGCCGCUACGCCAACAGGGAGACCAUGGGCAUGGUUGCCUUCAUCCUCUUUUUCAUCUCGUGGGUGGUGUGCCGUGUGGCCAUCUUCCCGGUCUUUGCCAUCCGGUCAACCCUCUUCGAGCCAGUGGUGCUGGUGGCGGCCCAUAUGGGCAUUGAGCCCCGGCCCCACUGGGAGAUCUUCAACGGGCUGCUCAUGGUGCUGUUUGUGUUGCACCUGUACUGGACUGUGCUGAUCUUCCAGGUCAUCCGGCGGCAGUUCACGCACGGAGCGAUGACGGACGUGCGGGAAAAGGAAGAGUAAGGCCGCUAUUGGGUGCUGGUGGCUGAAAGGAUUAGGGGAAGGGAUUUGGGUUACUGGGACAUGGUGGCCAGGAGUGUAGGAGUACAGGAGAUGUUCUGGCAUUGUUGUGCUUGCUGGUCUUGUUACUUGCAAAUCAGGAGCAAGGAGGGCUGUAUCGGGAUGAUUUGGAUGUGCAAGGUAGUGCUGCCGUACCCAGCGGUACGUAUACGACACUAUGACACGGAUGUGCCGUACGAGGACGCUGGGAGUGUUGUGCCCAGCAGAGAAC